GCUCAUGCUAUCACUUCACCAUAGACACAAACAUGCUUCCAACAAUAGUUUCUAGAGUGUAUCACAUCACCACUUUUGUGUGGUACCUUUUGCUCAUUUAUUUGCUUCUCAACACUCAGUACAGCCACACGCUUCCAGGAGUAUUCUUAUAUGCUGGUCAGUGGAAGUAUCUCACAUUCCUCAAUUUGUUUCUGCAGACAUUUUUCAAUGGGUUGAGUAUCCUGGUAGAUAUAUUGGGACCUAUGAUGUGGAUUCGGUCACUAAGAGAUCUCUUUUUCUCAGUCCUGGCGUUUCCUGUUGGCACUUUCGUUGUCACAUCCUUUUGGCUUUUGUUCACGUAUGACAGAGCACUGGUAUACCCUGAAGAUCUUGAUGCAUUCAUUCCUCUAUGGCUGAACCAUGCCGUGCAUACUGUAGUAUUGCCACUGAUCUUGCUGGAAUUGUUCAACACACCACACCAAUAUCCAAAACGAAGAACAGGCCUUCUCAUCCUGGGACUUGUUUCCAUUUCCUACCUGCUUUGGGUUCUGUGGAUUUACUAUGCAGCUGGCGCAUGGGUCUACCCACUAUUGGGUCAAUUUAAUCGACUAGGCCUGGUGUUGUUUUUCUCAGUGAGUCUUCUGUUGGUGAUGCUCUUAUAUCUUCUGGGGGAGAAGCUCACUUCGUUAAUCUGGGGUUUAGCCGAUAAAACAAAGAAACAUAAAUGAGGUGAAAGUCUGACAUCCACGUUGAGGAAUUUGGGUAUCUUAAAAACCAUGGAUCACCCUGCCACAGCUUUCUUUCCUGUAUUCCUUAACAGCCUUUCUACACAAAACAGG